AUGCGGACAGGGCGUAUACUUGUUGCCUUGAUUUUUCUAGGUUUAAUAGUUCCCUUUCGGACUGCAAAGUGCAAGGCAGCGCCCAAAUCUGUGCAAAAUGUACACGUUUGUUGCUCAGCACCCUUGCCAAACUGGGGCGUUUUCAACAGAGAGUGUCAUAAAUCGGCCAUUCAGGCAAGUGUAAGUAUUAAUAGGAUAUAUAAAAGCCAAGUUAAUUUAGCCAACUUCCUCAUGAAGUGCCGUUUAGAUUGCAUCUUCAAUGCCAGCUCGGUUCUGCAGGGAAAUCGAUUGAUCCAAGCAAAAGUUCGACCCAUGUUGGAGCGCGCCUUUUCCAGCGAACCCACCAUCGAUGUAUAUGAGUCCAACUUUGCCAGAUGUUCGUCGGUGGUCAGGAGCAAAUACCAGGAGCUAUCUCCGCUGAGUCGUCAAAGCGACGCCUGUGACAGACACGCCCUCUUCUACAGCCUUUGUGCGUAUGCUCGCUUGAUUUUCACCUGUCCGGAGAAAAUGUGGCAAAGGAAUAACAGGAUGUGCCAGGAGGCCAAGGCGUAUGCGAAAAAAUGUCCUUGGCCAGCGCUUAAAAUGUUUAUGAGGAAUACUUAA